UCGAUAGUCGAUAGUCGAUGGGGAGACGUGUCGGGAAAACCAUGGAGCUACUUUUUCGCUUGGUCGUGCUGUCAUCAUUAGUUUGCCAUGUAUGUUUUGCUGAGCCGUCUGUUUACCAAGUUGGCGCCGGAAUUGCUGAUGUCACGGGACCUGCGGCUGACAUCAACAUGAUGGGUUACGCAAAUCCGGCUCAAUUAUCUGCCGGAAUCCACACUCGCCAGUACUCCCGAGCUUUCAUAAUCAACGAUGGAUCCCAAAGUGUCGUCUUUAUCAGCGUGGAUUGCGCGUUAAUGGACCAAGUCAUCAAAACCGAGGUCUCAAGGAGACUUGAGUUACAGUACAAAGGCGUGUACACGGCCAAGAAUGUGGUUAUCAGUGGGACACAUACGCAUUCGGGACCGGGUGGCUACCUUCAAUAUGUUCUCUUCCUCGUUACCAGCAAAGGCUGGGUCCAGCAAUCAUACGAUGCUUUGGUCGACGGUAUUGUACAGAGCGUCGAACGAGCUCACACCAACAUGAUUCCAGCAAAUAUCUAUUACGCAAGUGAUAUUUUAAUCGACGCCAACAUCAAUCGCAGCCCUGCUUCUUAUUUGAACAAUCCAUCAUGGGAAAGAGCCAAGUACACGUACAACACGGACAAGGAUAUGGUCCAGCUGAAAUUCGUCUCGGCAGCAGAUGGUAAACCGAUCGGCGUUAUCAACUGGUACGCCGUUCACUGCACCAGCAUGAAUAACACCAACCCGUACAUUUCUUCGGACAACAAAGGCUAUGCUGGGUUAUUAUUCGAGGCGGAAAUCAACGGACCUGACAUCAUGCCAGGCAAAGGUCCGUUUGUAGCGGCUUUCGCCAGUACCAAUCUUGGGGAUGUGUCGCCCAACACGAUGGGAGCCAAGUGCCUCGAUACAGGACUCCCGUGUGAUUUCGUGAGCUCUUCGUGCAACAACCGAACGCAGCUAUGCAUCGCCUUCGGACCCGGAAAAGACAUGGUUGAAAGCACCCAAAUUAUCGGAGAUAGGCAAUUUCAAAAAGCUUGGAACAUGUAUGAUGUAGCCGACACGGAGCUGGAAGCCCUGGAAGGUCCCGUUCAGUUUGCCCAUCAAUUUGUUGACAUGCCCAAUUACAACGUUGAGGUCCAAGAUCCCGUCAAUGGGCCAACGACGGUGAAGCUGUGCAAGCCGGCCAUGGGCUACAGCUUCGCAGCUGGAACCACUGACGGACCUGGUGCCUUCGAUUUCACACAGGGAGUGACUUCUCCCAACGACUUUUGGAAUCUUGUGGGUUCCGCACUGGUUGAACCGAGCGAAGAAGUGAAGCAAUGCCAAUCACCCAAACCCGUUUUACUUUCAACUGGAGAGAUUUCCUGGCCGUACGCCUGGCAUCCUGAUAUCGUGGAAACACAAAUCUUGCGCAUCGGGCAGUUCCUGAUUGCGGCCGUUCCGGGUGAAUUCACGACAAUGGCCGGAAGACGCCUCCGCGACGCACUAAAUUCCGAAGCCAUUAAUAACGGCGGGCCAUCUAGCGUUAAGACAGUUAUUGCCGGACUCUCUAACGGCUACACUCAUUACAUCACCACGUUUGAAGAAUAUCAGAUUCAACGAUACGAAGGUGCCUCGACCAUUUAUGGACCGCAUACUCAUUCCGCUUACCUGGAUCAGUACAGGAAAUUAACAAGAAGCAUCUUCAAGAGUGAACCCGUGGACGCCGGGCCAACUCCGCCGUUUUUGCUGGACGAGCAGAUCUCCCUGGUACCUGGCGUCGUUUUCGAUAGGCCGGCCUUCGAGCGCAAGUUCGGUGACUGUCUUGUCCAACCGUAUCCGUUCGUGCGACCCAACGAGACUGUGACUGCGACAUUCGUGGCCGGCCACCCGCGUAACAAUCUGAUGUUGGGAAAUUCUUUCAUGGCUGUGGAAGCCAAGCAAUCCGAUAGUAGCUGGAAAGUCAUCCGAACGGACGCUCAUUUCGAUACAUUUUUCUUUUGGGAAAGAACGUCAGCUGUUGGGCAGAGUGAGGCGCAUUUGCGCUGGAUCGUGCCAGCUGACACUCCGGAAGGCGAAUAUCGCAUUUCACACUUUGGCUAUUACAAAAAUAUCGACGCUAAUGUCUUCCCUUACAACGGCACCACCCAAUCUUUUAGCGUUGGAGCUUAAUACACGACGAUUUUUCUUGUAACUAAAUCAAGCUUCAAAUAAGCUUAGAAAUGCAAAAUGCUGAUUAAUCGAAUUAGAGUUGGAUUGAGAAAAUACAAAGUUUAUCCUGA